CACCCCAAACCCCAACAACUCUGAUCUCUCUUUUUUGUGUUAUUUAUUUUGAUAUAUCUCCUAGUUUAGCACACAAAGAGUGUUUAAAAGGCUUACCUCUCAUCUCUCAUUUCUGUGUUGUUGAUUUUGAUAUCUGCUAGCAGAUAGAAAUUAUGCCGAGGAAAGGAAUGAGAAGCCUUUUCUUUACCACGAAGGCGUCGCCAUCGUCUUCAAUUUCACACUACCCUUCCCCUAGACUCAGCUUUUCCGAAUCAGUCAUGGACCGAACUCUCGCCGUCGCCGACUCCAUGAUCAUGAAAUGGAAUCCGGAUACUUCGACUUACGCAAAAGUCACAUCUCUCUUCUACGAGAACCGGAGAGAAGCUGCAGAAUUCAUCAAGUGCGUUAACAAUUUGCAGAAAUCUAUGCACUUGUUGGUCAUGGAGGACGCGAGUUCUGAAAAACUCGUACGCGGUCAGAACCUGAUGGAGAUUGCGAUGAAGCGGCUUCAGAAGGAGUUUUAUCAGAUUCUGUCGAUGAAUCGAGCUCAUUUGGAUCCUGAAUCUGUCUCGGCUCGAUCAUCGCUUGCCUCGACUAGAUCUAGCGUGUCUGAUUAUGAGGAUGAUGAUGUGCCUGAGGAUGAGAUUCGGAUCGCAGCUAAUUCUAUUGAAGAAGUUGAGCAUGAAUCCACUGUUGCGAUGACUGAUCUGAGAUCGAUUGCGGAGUGUAUGAUAUCAUCUGGAUAUGGAAAAGAGUGCGUGAAGAUAUAUAAGAUUAUACGAAAAUCGAUAGUCGAUGAAGGUAUAUAUCGACUCGGAGUUGAGAAAUUGAGCUCUUCGAAGAUUCAUAAGAUGGAUUGGGAGAUGUUGGAGAUGAAAAUCAACAAUUGGUUGAAUGCUGUGAAGAUUGCCGUGAAGACGCUUUUCAAUGGAGAGAAAAUUCUCUGUGAUCACGUCUUCGCAUCAUCUGAAUCCAUCAGAGAGUCAUGUUUCACGGAGAUCACGAGAGAAGGAGGCCAGAUUCUGUUUGGAUUCCCGGAAAAUGUGGUGAAAAGCACCAAGAAACCGCCGGAAAAGAUGUUCCGCACGCUCGACAUGUACACUGCAAUUGCGGAACACUGGCCGGAGAUCGAAUCGAUCUUCUCGUUCGAAUCAACCUCCGCAGUCCGAUCACAAGCAAUCACUUCUCUGACCAAGCUCAGUGAGUCCGUACGAACAAUGCUAGCCGAGUUCGAAUCGACGAUCCAGAAGGACGCAUCGAAAUCACCGGUCGCCGGCGCCGGAAUCCAUCCCCUGACUGUCUACGUCAUGGAUUACGUCUCUCUCCUCGCCGAUUACAGCCAUGUUAUGGGAGACAUCCUCGCCGAUUAUCCUCCGCCGUUGAAAUCAUCGUUGCCGGAGUCUUACUUCGACACAUCAGUGUCCGACGAUUCUCCGGUACCGGCGAUUUCUCACCGAUUCGCGUGGCUUAUUCUCGUCCUCCUCUGCAAACUCGACGGCAAAGCAAAACACUACAAAGAUGUCUCUCUCUCUUACCUCUUCUUAGCCAACAAUCAUCAACACAUCGUCACCAAAGUCCGCACAUCGAACCUCAAGUAUAUCCUCGGCGAUGAUUGGCUAUCAAAGCACGAUCUCAAAGUCAAACAGUUCUCAGACAAAUAUGAACGGUUAGGAUGGGACCACGUCAUCAAAUCAGUACCGGAAGAUCCAACAGCGGCGAUGUCGCCGGAAGAAGUAAAGAAAUGUUUCUUGAGAUUCAACGAGGCGUUCGAGCAGGCGUACCGUAAGCAAUCGGUGUGCGUAGUACCGGAUAGUAAGCUCCGGGACGAGAUCAAAGUGUCGAUAGCGGGGAAGCUGGUGGGGGCGUACAGAGAGUUGUACAAUACGCAUAGGAUUGCGUUGGGUGGAGAAAGAAAUUUGGCUGUAUUGGUCAGAUUUGCCCCUGAGGAUGUGGGGAAUUACUUGUCUGAUCUGUUUUUUGGGAAUGUAGGGUUAGGGGGUUCUUUGUCAAUUACUACGUCGAGCUCGUCGCACUCAAGACCGUCACGGUCACGGUAAAACCUGUUUUCCAUUUUUUGGAGGGCAUGUAUGUCUGUUGAGUUCUGUUACACACACCAACGUUUUCACCAUAUUGUGUGGUCACGUCACGUUGCGUGCAUGGGAGCCUGACCCCCCCAUGAAGCGAUGGUGCUAAAGGCGGUGCCAAAAAAUAAAAUAAAAUAAAAAUACUGUAAAUUUUUGAAUAUUUAUGGUUCCCUAUAAAUCAAUUAUUAUUAUUGGUGUCGUGAAAAACUAUUGAUAAUAGGGAAAUGAAAUGGUUACUGUUUAUGUUCAAGUUUA